AUGACCAAAUUAGCUGGCACAAGGCGUGCACGCAACCAGGCUACGUCUUUAGCAAUACCUCGUCCGAACUCUAUAGCUGAUAAUGGCAAGAAUCGUCAAAAUUUAAGCCCAGAGGCACUGGCUUCUAUGAAUAAAGAACAACUGAGAGCAGAAUGCAGAAAAAGAGGUCAACGGACUACUGGAAACAAAAAUGAGCUGCUCGCCCGUCUCGGGUAUUACAAGCUGGCGGCGGCAUCGGUAGUGCAAGUAGAGACCGAGCAACGCACGCGUAACGGAUUGCACCAUUCGCAACCGAAGGAAAUCAAAACCAAAGUAGUACCAAUGGAUACAGACAGUCUUGUUCUUUGGAGGAAACCCCUCACGACGCUUGAAUACUUUUUUCGAGAACUUAUGAUAUUGUGUUCCACUGGACUACGAAGGUUACUAGCAUACAGAGCACUUGCUUUAGCACUAAUUUCUGUUGUCUCUGGCACAGGUGUAUUAUAUUUUAUUAAUGGGCCACACCAGCCCUAUGUACAGGAAGUAGUACUUACGCUAGCGUGGUGGGGAUGGUGGGUGACGCUGGGCGUGUGCAGCUCGGUGGGUCUGGGCACCGGCCUGCACACCUUCCUGCUGUACCUGGGCCCGCACAUAGCGCGCGUCACGCUCGCCGCGUACGAGUGCGGCGGUCUCAACUUCCCUUCGCCGCCCUAUCCGAACGAUAUAAUUUGUCCAGCCGAAGUGGAUCCCAAAUACGUGGUGUCAAUAUGGAACAUAAUGGCCAAAGUACGGGUAGAGUGUAUGAUGUGGGGCGUCGGCACCGCGCUGGGGGAGCUGCCGCCAUACUUCAUGGCGAGGGCGGCGCGCCUUUCCGGCGGCGAGGUGGCGGAGCUCAGUGAGAAGGACGAUUCUAGAACUGGCAGGGCAAAAGUGAUGAUACAAAAGUUGGUACAGAGAGUAGGUUUCAUGGGUAUAUUGGCGUGUGCCUCCAUACCUAACCCGCUCUUCGACCUGGCCGGCCUCACUUGCGGACACUUCCUCGUGCCAUUCUGGACUUUCUUCGGAGCAACACUAUUGGGAAAAGCGGUUAUUAAAAUGCAUAUACAGAAGAUGUUUGUUAUUAUUGCUUUCAACGAGAAUCUUGUAGGACAAUCAUUAAAAUGGGUAGGCAAAAUACCGUACAUUGGACCACAGCUGGAACAUCCUCUGCUGGAGUUCCUAGAAAACCAAAAAGCUUAUUUACACAAAAACGUCCCAUCAACAGAGGCUCGGAGAUCAAUAUUGACUGACGGCGGUCUUGCGCGGCGUCCGGAAGCCGUGCCCACGGCA